AUGCUCCUCGCCGUCUUUUUGCUCAUUUCUCUUUGCAUGAAGUUCUCGACACCAAAAACCUUACUUGACGUUUACGUGACCGGUAAAGAUGAUCCGAAAUGUGGAAAAUACAUGCAAAACCACUUGAAGCCUGUUCUUCGUAUUAAAUAUGUGCGACUUUUACGUGCAAACUUCACAGAGGAUAACAAUGGCCUCAGUGACAGUAUUCUUUCAAACACACUGUGCACACCUAAAACUAACAAUGGGUACAAUUCGAGCCUAGCAAAAUACGAGUUUGACUGCAAAACAAUUGGGCAGGAAUCCACUGAAAUGCCCAAUUGGUUCAUUUUCGCUGUGGGAACGGACCAACAGAUGAUGUCGUCUCAAAUCGAAUAUCGUUAUAAUCAUGACGCUAUGGGAAUGUUCCAGUACUUGAAACCAGAGGAAGUGAUGGCUCAACAGUUCACCCACGCCUCCCAUUUGCAUAUUCGAUAUUUGAAUAUGACAUUUAAUAAUAAACCAAGCGUAGUCAUCGAUUACAAUUGUCUCGAUACAUACCCGGAUAGUUUGAUCGCCGACCAUGGUUUGUAUAUCAGAAAAUCGAACGAGACGAUGCAUACUAGACUUUAUUUUGAUCCAGAUUCUGUUGGAGAGAAAUUUCCGAGACCAGUUCUUAUUUGA